AUGUCAGGGGAAGCUGUUGGGCACAAACAAAAGUCCUUGCAAGCGAAUCUUCGCCAAUCACACGAUUCGCUUUCACAAGAGCUGGCGAAGAUAGAUGAGCAAAGAGAGUCAGCAGAUCGCAAGAUUGAGUCACUAGAAACCCAAAAGCUGCAUAUUCGUCAGAAGCUGCAGAGCGUAGAUGACAAGCUGCAUGCUGCGCGAGAAGUGCAGCGUUCAUGCUUCGCAGAACGAGAUGCUUGCAGAAAAGCAGUGGCUGACAUCGAGGGGCAAUUUCGAUUGCAGCUUCGGGAGGCGGAAGAAGAAGGACUCCUGGCUACAAAAGAGCAUGAGGCUGCCAAGAAGGCUGAAAUUCAGAUGCUGAAUGUCAUGGACCGGCCAGCACAUACUGUCCUUGACUCUUUGGAACACAAGCGCCUACGCCAGACUGCUGUUGCGGCAGACACAGCUUUGAAAGCUUGUGCAGCCUUUGUCCGUGACUUUGGUCCAUUUCUCGAGAAGAAUGUUGAGGACGAGUACGAGUCUUUGCAGAAGGUUGGCCAGGUAACCGAUUACCCCUCUGGCAAGAAUGAAAAGGAGAAGGAUGAAGCUGAGGCAUUUGCUGAGAACAGCUUGGUGCCAUCAGAGUCAGAGUCUCAUUCAAGGUUGGGAUUGUCUCUCCCAGGCACAUUUCGUCUUUGGUUUCCUUGGGCGUUGCACCCAGCAGGGGACAUGGGCUACAGGUGA